GUUAACUAUGGCCCCAUAUUGGACCAAUUCCCCUGUUAGCGUCAAGUUUUAUCUUGGCGCGGUCAAUUUGUGUCGCUGGCUGUGAGAUGUCUCAGGGGAGCGGUUCUGUCAGCGUUUAUCACGCCUAAUGAUGUCGCCAGACUCCGCCCGCCGUGGUCGCGCGCCCCGCCUCUCGCCGAGCCGCCGCCAGUCAGGAGCGCGUUUCCUUGGCGCCCCGCCCCUUGUGGUUUGUUUAUAACGCGUCCAAGGAACAUCUUCCAAUGGGACGUUCGGUCGCUAAAUUGAGUGGUUGGGGAGGACCAAUGGCGGGGCGGCUUACAGGAUGCGAGGGUGAAGAUGCACUCCGAGGGAGACGUCAAGAUGCCUGGAGAAACUGGCCACAGACGUUACAUUGACUGAUCGGAGAGGAGUCGGUGCAGUGCUCGUGGUGAACACCAGCGCGUGAGGGGUGUGCCCGCCGCUGUCCGUCGCUCACCGCAGCCCCACCAUGUCGCUGAGAAUAUUAGCGUGAACAUAAACUUUGUGUCGAGCCGUCCCUCCUCCGCUGGCAACAAGACAAUGAAAAAUCGCACGGAGGACGGAACGGUCAAGCGCCCCUCGUGUGACGACCUCCGGUGCCCGAAGCUGCCGCGCCUCGAUGGCGAGGACGCCCUGGAAGCCCAGACCACCGCCGUGCCGGACCUACCGGACUCUGCUUCCUACGAGACUCCCUCGCCCGUCGACCUUUCAGGGGAGACGAGCCUCGGCUUCUCCGACGCCUCCACCGCGGCCCCCGCCACCACCACUGCCGCCGUCACCGCCGCCUCGGGCCUCACGCCGCCGGUACUCAAGAUCCCAUCCACCAUGAAAUGUCUCACGACCUUUGACCUCCCAGGUAAGGCUGACCUCCACCAGCUGCUCACCAACAACCUGGCGCAGCACUUGGCGGUGCAGAACGAGAGACUAAAGAGCAACCUGCUGUUUGGCCACAAUCACGGCGGAUUACUCAGGCCGCCGCCCCCCGCCCCCUCAGGCGCCCCCCGGCCCACGCGGGACCCCGCCCCCCUUACGCGAGGACCCCAGGACGCCCCCGCCCCGCAUGAUGCGACGCAACCGACAGACGACGAGUCAGCAAGAGAAGACCACGAGGAGAGAAAAACCACCAAGGAGGCGGUGGAGCAGCACGCGGGCGAGGCCCCCGAGGAAGGCGAGGGUGGCGCCCCCCACCGCGUCACGCCCUUUUCCGUGCUGGACAUCCUUGACCCCCACAAGUUCACCGGCAGGACGCCUGACGACGACAUGGGCGACUCCUCCUCAGACCGCCAGGACGAGGACGACGCCUACAUUUCAGUGUGUUCCGACUCUGGCGACGAGGGCGACGGCCAGGGCGGCUCCAAGAACAAAGGCAGCCGGUCAGGGAUUCACCGCAAGGGAGGCGGCGGCCCCGGAGGAGGAACAGGCGGCGGCAAGCCCCGGCGGGCGCGCACCGCCUUCACCUACGAGCAGCUGGUGUCGCUGGAGAACAAGUUCAAACAAACUCGGUACCUGAGCGUGUGUGAGAGACUCAACCUGGCGCUGGCACUCAACCUGACAGAGACGCAGGUCAAGAUCUGGUUCCAGAACCGACGCACCAAGUGGAAGAAGCAAAACCCGGGGUGCGACGUGAACCAGCCCACGCAGCCCCCCAGCCCGCCCAUCUCCACCUAUCCCGGCAGUCUCCUGCACCACCCUCCACCGCCCCUCCUGUGUCCCGCCCCCUUGUCCUUCAGAGGGCCUCUGCCUCCCCACACACCUCUCGCCGCCCUCUACCUCCACCACCUCGCCCGCUGACACCCGCCUUCUUCCUCUUAGUCUGUUGCUUGCUGAUAAAAUAUAUUUUCCAACAGCCUACACUCCUGUUUCUUAAGAGAAGGAUAUUUUAUGCUCUGUGAGUAUGGAUUCUCCAAUUUACUUCAUUUCGUCUCA